AUGGAAGAUCAAGUAACACCAGGUUUUAGGUUCUACCCUACAGAGGAAGAACUGGUUUCUUUCUAUCUGCGUAAUAAGCUUCAAGGAACAAGACUACUGGACAUCGAUAGGGUUAUACCAUCAGUUGAUGUUUAUGAUUACAAUCCAUGGGAUCUUCCACAAUUUGCAGGAGAGCGUUGCCGUGGAGAUAGGGAAGAAUGGUUUUUCUUCGUUCCAAGGCAAGAAAGAGUAGCCCGUGGAGGAAGACCUAACCGGCUCACAGCACAAGGAUAUUGGAAAGCAACUGGCACUCCUAGUUUUGUAUAUUCUUCGCAAGAUCGCAUAAUUGGUAAGAAGAGAACAAUGGUUUUCUAUGUAGGAAGAGCUCCCCAUGGAAGAAAGACUGUGUGGAAGAUGAAUGAGUACAAAGCGGUUGAAUUUGCUGAAGCUUCCUCUUCAACUGCUGCAAAUCCACAGAUAUGGGAAGAACUCAGUCUAUGCCGACUCUACCAAAAAACAAAAAGCGUGAGAGCGUUCGACAGAAGGCCACCACCAGAUGAAGUGGCGGUUCACCACCAAAACGUGGCAACAACAUCUCAACAAAACCAUCCACUAGCAGAUGCAACUAAUUACUUAUUUGACAAUUCGUCUUCAGAAGAUCACCAGAUUGCUAAUCCUUUUCUGCCUGUGGAAAGUGUUGAAGAAAAUGGACCUCGCUCAUGGGACUGGGAAUACUUUGAUUUUGAUAACUGA